UCAGUUUGGCUCGUUGUGCCAGAGCAGCAACAAGUGCUCCGCUAUAUCUCAAUCUGAAUUUGAAUCCAAAUCCGAAACAUAAUCUGUUGCCGCGGCUGUAGCUGAAUACGAAGCGCAACAAGUGCGCCAGUGACAUCCAGAAGCCAGUGCAUUGCAGACGAGGCUGAGAUAAAUUUAAAUUAGGUCCGCAAUUUCAUCAAAUUAACAGCGGAACCCUGUGGCCCAACAAAGCGCAAUAAAUUAAUUAAGACGGAGAUAAAAUUGCAACUGCAUUAGCUGCCAAGAGUAUUAGCGGGCGAAAUUAGAAAGUGAAAGCCAACACGAACAGGUGACAGAAUGCUGCUCAAAGGCGCACAGCUGCUGCGAUGCGGAUUGGUCUCACCACACCGGAACUCGAACUUCCGCCUGACCUGUCGCUUCCUCUCCAUUCAGUAUGGAGAUGCAAAGAUCCUCACCCCUGCCGUCAAACAGUACGUGGAAAAGUGCGUGGAGCUCUGCCAACCGGAAAGGGUGCACAUCUGUGAUGGUACUGAGGUCGAGAGCAAGUUGCUCCAGGGCAUCAUGCUGAAGAAGGGAACCAUCAUUCCUCUGCCGAAGUACGAGAAUUGCUGGCUGGCAAGAACCAAUCCGGCGGAUGUGGCUAGAGUGGAGGGAAAAACGUUCAUCUCAACGGAUUCGAAGGAGCAGACAGUACCGGUUACGGAGAAGGCCACACCGGGAAUGCUGGGUAACUGGAUAGCCGAAAAGGACAUGCAGGCGGCGAUCAAGGAAAGAUUCCCCGGCUGCAUGAAAGGUCGCACCAUGUAUGUCAUUCCUUUUAGCAUGGGUCCAGUGGGCUCACCUCUCUCCAAAAUCGGAAUCGAGAUCACAGACUCACCAUACGUCGUCGAGUCCAUGAAGAUCAUGACUAGGGCGGGCAAUCCAGUGCUUAAUUAUCUGCAAUCUGGGGAUGGUCAGUUUGUCAAGUGCCUGCAUUCCGUGGGUACGCCCAAAAGUGGUGUCCAGGCAAUGCCAUCCUGGCCCUGCGAUCCCGAACGCACUAUUGUGCUGCACAAGCCAGCAGAAAAUGAGAUUGUAUCUUAUGGAUCUGGGUAUGGUGGUAACUCCCUGCUGGGCAAGAAGUGCCUCGCUCUGAGGAUUGGCAGCACCAUUGCCAAACGAGAGGGCUGGCUGGCCGAGCACAUGUUGAUACUGGGCAUCACCAAUCCGCAAGGUAAGAAGAUCUACAUAGCUGCCGCCUUUCCAUCAGCUUGCGGUAAGACCAACCUGGCGAUGAUGACUCCUACCCUGCCUGGCUACAAAGUGGAGUGCGUGGGCGAUGACAUCGCCUGGAUGAAGUUCGAUAACAAGGGUGUGCUGCGAGCGAUUAAUCCGGAGAAUGGAUUCUUUGGCGUGGCGCCCGGAACGUCGAGGGCCACCAAUCCCAUAGCCAUGGAUACGAUCUUCCGAAACUCUGUCUUUACGAACGUGGCCUCUACAUCCGAUGGAGGUGUCUACUGGGAGGGAAUGGAAAAGGAUCAGCUGAAGGGGGUGACUGUCACGGACUGGUUGGGUAAACUCUGGUCCCAGGAAUCCGGAAAGCCAGCUGCCCAUCCCAACUCCAGGUUCUGUACACCCGCCUCUCAGUGUCCCAUUAUUGAUCCCGCCUGGGAGGAUAGCGAAGGAGUGCCCAUCUCCGCAAUUCUUUUCGGAGGUCGUCGUCCCAGUGGAGUUCCCUUGGUUUACGAGGCUCGAGACUGGAAGCACGGCGUAUUUAUUGGAGCUGCUAUGAGGAGCGAGGCCACGGCAGCCGCUGAGUUCAAGGGCAAGGUCAUCAUGCACGAUCCCUUCGCCAUGAGACCCUUUUUCGGCUACAACUUCGGCGACUAUCUGGGUCACUGGCUAAGCAUGGAGCAGCGUGGCCAGGUGCCCAAGAUCUUUCACGUAAAUUGGUUCCGAAAGAGCAGUGAGGGCAAGUUCCUUUGGCCCGGAUUCGGGGAGAACUCACGAGUCCUGGACUGGAUCUUCCGGCGGGUGGAGGGCGAGCAGUGCUUCGAGGACUCUCCCAUUGGCCGCCUGCCCAGCAAGAAUUCAUUGAACUUGGAUAGUUUGGAAAACAUUGAUCUCGACCAGCUUUUCGAUCUGCCAAAAGAUUUCUGGGAGCAGGAGGUGGCUGCCAUAGAGAGGUACUUCGAGGAGCAGGUGGGCCACCAUCUGCCAGGUGCCGUGGCCGAGGAGCUGAGGGAGCUGAAGGCGCGUGUUGCUGACAUGUGAUGUGUGUGUUCCAUAGGUUACUUCCUAAUCUAAGACCCCUUAUUGCCUAAAAUAAAACGAAACGAACGAGAUUUUUAUAGUGAAAUUUGACUUGUGCCCAUUCGAGAAUGGAAUUGGGAUCGAAAUUGGGUUUGGGGCGUGGCCUAGACGGGGCUUAUCAGUGGUCGCCUCGGCGGAGGCCCGUCCGCAAUUGGCGUAAACAAGCGUAUAAAUCCAUAAUGCCGUUUAACCUAACUUAUCAACAGAUCCACGCGAUGAAAAACAAGCAAAUAAAUGCCAGAAAAAGCCAAAAAGAAAGUAAAGUUUAUGGGUGAACCUUUGCAAUUUUCGGUGGGUUUCCAAGGACUGAUUACUAAAUUCAAAGCGUGUGGUGUGAUGUACACUAUGGGGUGAACAGCGAUAAAAAGCCAAUAAGCCAAGAAACCAAAAGGCAAAAUAGCUAAGAAAUCGAAUCCCUUAAAAUAGUUCAUGGGCAAUGUAAAGAUCCUCAUAGUGAUGUUUUCCCUCGGAAAGUUUUCCUGGUCGACAGCACAAAUCCGGGUCUGAUCUAUAUUUAGACGAACUCAGAGGCUCGUCCACUGAUAACCCGCCCGGCUCCCUCCUCCCCAUUGCCUUCUUCUCAACCAAUCGCAUUAUUGAUUAUGCAUAUAUUUAGCGAAUCGAUCGUCUAUUGACGUAAAUUCCAAAUAAGCCCGAAUCAUCGAAAUGCGCCAAGUGGCGGUUAGGUGAGAACAGGAGCGAAGCAGUUAGAGUCUGAGUCCAAGUCCAAGUCUGGGUCCAGCAAUUAAUGCCGAUGAUGAAGAUUAUCAGGCCCAACUAGAAAAACAAGUCCAUAGUUAUAAAUAAACCAAUCGAAAAUCACGGCAACGCGUGUAGACGAAUUCGAUUUAAUUCGCAACUGGACUUUUCGUAAAGGGAGUCAAAAAUGGGGACGGGGACUGUAAGAGGGGGGAGCCAAGGACCAAGGACAACCAUCUGAUCAGGUUUCUCCAAGGACGUUGGACGCCAGUCUCUUCUGGGUCUAGGCUAAGUGAGCGGCUUAUUAUAAUUAUUUAAAACAAUUUUAAUAAAAAUUAUAUUUGGCCUAUUUGUUAUGAAGUUGAAUUAAGCUUGAAGUUUUAAAUUAGAGUUGGCAAGCGUUUUAAUUUAACAUUAUAAAUAACACUGCUACCAAAUAAAUGUUUACGCAACCAAUG